AAUAAUAAUAAUAAUAAUAAUAAUAAUAAUAAUAAUAAUAAUAAUAAUAAUAAUAAUAAUAAUAAUAAUAAUAAUAAUAAUAAUAAUAAUAAUAAUAAUAAUAAUAAUAAUAAUAUUAAUAAUAAUAAUAAUAAUAAUAAUAAUAAUAAUAAAAAUAAUAAUAAUAAUAAUAAUAAUAAUAAUAAUAAUAAUAAUAAUAAUAGUAAUAAUAAUAAUAAUAAUAAUAAUAAUAAUAAUAAUAAUAAUAAUAAUAAUAAUAAUAAUAAUAAUAAUAAUAAUAAUAAUAAUAAUAAUAAUAAUAAUAAUAAUAAUAAUAAUAAUAAUAAUAAUAAUAAUAAUAAUAAUAAUAAUAAUAAUAAUAAUAAUAAUAAUAAUAAUAUUAAUAAUAAUAAUAAUAAUAAUAAUAAUAAUAAUAAUAUUAAUAAUAAUAAUAAUAAUAAUAAUAAUAAUAAUAAUAAUAAUAAUAAUAAUAAUAAUGAUAAUAAUAAUAAUAAUAAUAACAAAAAUAAUAAUUAUGAUAAUAAUAAUAAUAAUAAUACUAAUAAUAAUAAUAAUAAUAAUAAUAAUAAUAAUAAUAAUAAUAAUAAUAAUAAUAAAAAUAAUAAUAAUAAUAAUAAUAAUAAUAAUAAUAAUAAUAAUAAUAAUAAUAAUAAUAAUAAUAAUAAUAAUAAUAAUAAUAAUAAUAAUAAUAGUAAUAAU